GAAUGCACAGAAGAUUUUCAGGCAUCUCCAAAUAAUCCUUUCUCUAAAAAAAAAGAAAAAAGGAUACAAAAGGAAAACCAAAUUUUUGAAGAUAGUCAAAUUGAGCAGAAUGAAAUAGAUGAUUCACAAGUAAUCCCAUCGGAUAUUAAUAUUAUUCAGCCUAACAGUUCUAACGAUAAUUGGGAAACAGAUUCUCAAAGUUUACUUUUAAAUAUAGAGCCUUCACAA